AUUUGACAUUUUGGCAGCCACACGGACCCCGAAUUAGACCGAGACAACGUCGGGACCACGAGACAGAACAGAUUUGGGAAGGAUUUGGAAGCCCCAGGAUUACAACAUGCCCGUGGCUUCAGCCUGUUCAGACUCUGCUAUGCAGCAGGUGCUGGACACCCUGAGUGACAGCACCAGUUCCACCACUGCAAAUGACCUGGACCUCAUCUUCCUUAAGGGGAUCAUAGAGAGCCCAGUGGCGCACGAGAAGAUGGAGGAGACAAAGCUGGAGGCGGUGCGGGACAACAACGUGGAACUGGUGCAGGACAUCCUGAGGGACCUCACCCCACUCACCAGCAGGAGCAAGGCGGCCGAUGAGCUGGCCCGCAUCCUGAAGGAGCCCCACUUCCAGUCCCUCCUAGAGACGCACGACUCAGUGGCCUCCAAAAGCUAUGAGACCCCGCCCCCCAGCCCCUGUGCCUUCAUGGACGCUGCCCUUAACAAUCAGCCUGUGCCCCCUGACGCCAUUCGGAUGGUCGGCAUACGCAAAGUGUCUGGGGAACACCUGGGUGUGACGUUUCGAGUGGAGCGCGGUGAGCUGGUGAUUGCCAGGAUCCUGCAUGGUGGCAUGAUCGACCAGCAGGGCCUGUUGCAUGUGGGUGAUGUCAUCAAGGACGUCAACGGUAAGGAGGUGGGCAGUGACCCCAAGGUGCUGCAGGAGAUGUUGAAGGAGGCAAGCGGAAGUGUGGUGCUCAAGAUCCUGCCUAGCUACCAGGAGCCCCACACCCCACGUCAGGCAUUUGUGAAGUGCCACUUUGACUACAACCCUACCCAUGACAACCUUAUCCCCUGCAAGGAGGCAGGCCUCAAGUUCAGCAGUGGAGACAUCUUGCAGAUCUUCAACCAAGAAGACCUUAACUGGUGGCAAGCAUGCCAUGUAGAGGGAGGCAGUGCAGGCCUCAUCCCAAGUCAGCUCCUGGAGGAGAAGAGGAAGGCUUUCGUAAAGAGGGACCUGGAGUUUGCCACCACAGGUCCUCUAUGCGCUGGAAUGGGAGGGAAGAAGAAGAAGAAGAUGAUGUACCUGACAACUAAGAAUGCAGAGUUUGAUAGGCAUGAGCUGUUGAUCUACGAGGAGGUGGCAAAGAUGCCCCCCUUCCGUCGGAAGACGCUGGUCCUGAUUGGGGCUCAGGGGGUGGGCCGUCGCAGCCUAAAGAACAAGCUGCUAGUUUCAGACCCCCAGCGGUAUGGCACCACCAUCCCCUAUACCUCCAGGAAACCCAAAGUGGAUGAGAAGGAUGGACAGAUGUAUUCAUUUAUGUCUCGCAGUGAGAUGGAAGUGGAUAUAAAGAACGGGCGCUACCUCGAACAUGGCGAAUAUGACGGAAAUCUCUACGGCACAAAGAUAAACUCCAUUCAUGAAGUGGUGGAGUCUGGCAAGGUCUGCAUCUUGGAUGUCAAUCCACAGGCACUAAAGAUUCUCAGAACAUCUGAGUUUUUACCCUAUGUGGUGUUCAUUGAAGCACCCAAUUUUGAGGUUCUGAAAGCCAUGAAUAAAUCUGCUAUUGAAGCAGGCGUGGUCACCAAGCAGUUGACGGACACUGAGCUGAAGAGGACAGUGGACGAGAGUGGGAGGAUCCAGAGAGCGUAUGGGCAUUAUUUCGAUCUCACCAUUGUCAACGACAAUCUGGAGGGAGCUUUCCGUAGCCUGAAGAUGGCACUGGAGAGACUGGGGUCUGAACACCAAUGGGUCCCUGUCAGCUGGGUCUUCUAGGUCCAGAGAUCAUCCGGGGAAGGUAGAAUUGUGGAGACAGGACCAUACUUGGUACAAGCCUCAGAGAGGGGGAAGCCACCAAAGGGCACACACCUCUUCCUUAGUAAGACAGCAAGAUGUGGAUUCAAGACCUCUUCUACAAAACAACACACCCUGGUGGAUGGAGGUCUAACCCACAGCCAGAACCAUCUUUCCCCCUGGCAGCCACCCUCAGACUUUUAUAUAGAUUCCUUUUUAAGACCUUGUUUUUAACUGUAUUUCUAACUUUGUAAACAAAGAGUAAACAUUCUCUAUAUAUGUAUUUGUUGAAGACUUAUCAGAAAUACUAUGAGGGUUCAGUACAGUAUGUGAGUGGGUAUGGAUGUGUGUAUGUACUGUAUAUGUGUUUGAAGGGGCUUUAUGUAUUUGUAGAUUAGGUUAACAUGCUAGCUGUCUUACAGUAAACCUCACUUUGUCUCAUCAUUUUUAAACUUAAUUUCUCUGGCCUUCCUCAAGCUGACAACACUAUAUUUAGUACAAUGUUUACAUGAAUUGUUAGUUUAGUUACAGGAUUAAUAGAAUGCAUAUACCUAUAACCGACUCUGUAAUAUUGUAUAUUAGGGCUGAUAAUUAUGUAUGUGUAAAUGUAAAUAUAUACAAGCGUUUGCUGUAUGGGAAAGACAUACUUAUUAAACGUUUAUGUGCUUUCUCACACAAACAUACAAAAGCAAUACGUACAGUAGUCUGCAUCUCUAAACAUGCACACCCCAAAAUUCUAUAUAUGCUAUAUAUAUACUGAUAUAGCAUUUUACAAAAUUAUACACUCUGCAAAGAGACUCUGGCCUUAUUUAUGAAGCCUUGGUAACAGCAUAAAGCCUUGGUAACAGCAUAUUGAAUCUACCACUCAUAGACAAACUCAUAACAAAUAUUGAAGUAAAAAUCUACUGUCAUAUUAGUGGCGUUUAAAUUUGGAAAGGGGUCAUCUUCUUGGAGUCUUAUUUUCAGCUUCAGAAUAAAAUCAGUUGGUAAUUUUGUGAUGGUCUUUGAGUUAAACUG